AUGGAAGUCGUUCUUGAGCCGGUCGUCUCCGAACUCGUUAAGGGGUUGUUUAAGAUAUUGGGGUCCAAUGAAGUGCGGGACUUUGCCCGGCAACUUGUCGGAGGGGUAGAUUCAGAGAUCAAAAAGCUGGAGAACAAGUUGCAGAUGGUUGAAGACCUUCUUCGCAAUGCAGAAGACAGGCAGCUGAUGGAUAAACGAGUCAAAGAGUGGCUUGACAAUCUUCAACAUUGGGCUUAUGAUGCUGAGGACUUACUGGAUGAGUUGGCCUACGAAGCUUUGCGACACCAGGCUAGUUCCAGCAGAGGAUUUAGCUGCCUCCCUGCUUGUUUCCCCAGUCGUUCGUUUGCUUUCAAGAUGGGAUCAAAGGUCAAAGAAAUCAAUAGCCGGUUGGAACAACUCUGUGGGAAAAGAUCAGAAGAACUUAAGUUGCUGGAGCUUUCUGGACUGCCACCAACUAACGUCUCUGCACCGCAAAAACCAGAGGAAACUUCAAGCGUCCCACCUGAACAAGUUGUUUAUGGCAGAAAUGAAGAUGAAGCCGAACUAUUGAAAAUGGUGAAAAGCGGUACCAACUUUCAAGUGAUAGCAGUUGUCGGCAUGGGAGGGAUCGGCAAAACGACAAUUGCUCGGGUUGUGUACAACCACAAGGAGUUGGAAGAUUUCAAGUUUGAGAAAAAAGCGUGGGUGUGUGUUUCAACCACAACCACCUUUGACGUUCUCAAAAUCUCAAAGGAACUUCUUCAGCAAGUCUCAUCCUUUGAUCCAAAUAAUUAUAAUUUGAAUGAAGUGCAAGUUAAGUUGAAAGAGGCAGUAAGUGGAAAGCAAUUCUUGAUAGUAUUAGACGAUAUUUGGAAGGUGGAGUACAAGAAUUGGGAACAGCUCAUGUCUCCUUUCACAGCUGGUGCACCUGGAAGCACAGUGAUUGUGACAACACGCGAUACAGAUGUUGCACAAAAAAUAAGAUGCUCUCAUACUCAUCGAUUAGGGCUUUUAUCUGACGAAGCUUGUAAGUCCUUGUUUGAGGAGCAUGCAUUUGGGACUGGUGCAGCUGCUGUUCCUAAUCAAAUUUCGGAUUCAAUUUACAAGAGAGUUGUUGAAAGGUGUGGCAGGCUACCACUGGCAGCAAAGACCCUCGGUGGUCUUCUACGCUUUGAGCAGAGCGGCACAUGGGAAAAUAUAUUGGAAAGCAAAAUAUGGAGUACAUCUGAUGAAAGGAAUCACAUUCUCCCAGCAUUAAAGCUAAGCUAUCAUUAUCUUCCUCCGAAUCUAAAAAGAUGUUUUGGCUAUUGCGCAAUUUUUCCUCAGGAUUACGAAUUUGAGGAGAAGGAACUUGCACUUUUAUGGAUUGCGGAAGGUUUUGUUCAACCAUCAAAUAAGCAACUGGAUGAGGCAAGUGUGUGUCUUCAUAAAUUAUGUUCAAGGUCGCUUUUCCAACAAUUGAGUAGUAAUAGUUCUAAAUAUGUUAUGCAUGAUCUUAUUCAUGAUCUUGCUCAAUUGGUUUUUAAAGGAAUCAAUUUUAGAUAUGAGAAAAAUAUUGUUGAACUACCAGAAAAUUUGGAAAAGGUUCAUCAUGUCAGUUAUGAUUUUGAUUUUUUUCUUGGAAAAAAUAAAUUUAAAGCCUUGGAAAAAGCAAAAAGUCUAAGAACAUUUUUGAGCAUGGAACAUGAAUAUAGAGGUUGUAUUAGUGCUACAAUUAUUUUUGAUUUGAUGCCGAAGUUAGAAAUGUUGAGAGUACUAUCUUUUGAAGGAUACAACAUCAUCUAUUUACCUAAUUCAAUUGGAGGUAUGAUACAUUUAAGGUAUCUCAACUUCUCUAAUACUUUGAUAAGAAGUUUGCCUAAGUCAAUAAGUCAAUUAUUUAACUUGCAAACUUUGUUAUUGAAAGAUUGUUUUUAUCUCAUGAAAUUACCUUCCAACAUGAGAUAUUUGACCAAUCUAUGUCAUCUUGAUAUAAGUGGCCAAAAUUCAUUGCAAGAGAUGCCAUAUGGAAUGAAAGAGUUGAAAAAUCUUCAAAUUUUGUCAAAUUUUGUUGUGGGCAAGAACACAGGUUCUAAUUUAGAAGAUUUGAAGAGCUUAAGUUUUCUUCAAGGAAAGCUUCACAUUUCAAAAUUAAAGAAUGUGAUAGAUCCAAAUCAAAUACAGGGGCAAAUACUAAGUAGUACGAACAACCUAAAAGUGUUGUUACUAGAAUGGGAAUAUGAAGAAAACUCAAAAGUGGAUGUAGAAAUGAAGCUACUUGACAAGCUAAAGCCUCCUAGCAAUUUAAAAGAACUCACAAUUAGAGGCUAUGGUGGUGAAAGUUUUCCAUCUUGGUUAGGAGAUUGGUCAUGGCUCUCUAAUUUGGUGGUUCUUAAAUUACAAGAAUGUAAGAGGUGCACAUCUUUGCCUUCACUUAAAAUGUUGAGCUCACUUGAAGACUUAACCAUUAAAGAGAUGACAAGGCUAAAAAGAAUAGAUUUUCAAACACCUUUCAAGUCAUUAGAAUUUCUUCAUUUUGAGGAUUUGGAAGAAUUGGAGCAUUGGGACUGCUCGAGAGGAAAUGAAAUUUUCCCUAAGCUGCGUGUGCUUUCUAUUAAAAGAUGUCUCCAACUUAUUGGAAAAGUACCUGAUCGUCUUUCUUCAUUGGAAAAAUUUGUCAUUAACUAUUGUCCAAAGUUGGUGGUCUCAUUCUCAAAUUAUCCAGUACAUUGCAAAUUAGAAAUUGAUGAUUGUGAAGGAAUGGUGUGUAAUGAUGGUUCGAUUGAUUUUAAGUUUUUGGAUUCUAAACAUCUUGCAAAUAUUUCGGUGGUUAAAGAAAAAUUAAAGAAAGGUUCUCAAAGAGUAGAUCUUUUGGAGAUUGUUCGUGAUGAAGAGAUUAUGAAAUCAUGGCAAAAUUUAGAAAACACAAAUUUUCUUUCCAAUAUAAAUUCUCUUAAGAUUACUGAGUGCCAGAAUCUAAGAUAUAUUAGAAGGGGCAUGCUACCUUUAUCUCUAAAAUCGCUGCAAAUUUACUAUUGUGAAUUGCUGGAAUUUUUGGAGGAUUUAAGUGUUUCUCUUCUUGAACGCUUACGGAUUAUUGGGUGUGAAUCUCUCAAGUGCAUAUCAUUAGAUGGUCCAUUACCUGAGACACUCAACCAACUAGAUGUUAAUAGUUGCAAAGUGCUGGAAACAUUAUCAUCUAGUAGAAAUGAGUACCUCCCUGAGGCACUUACAUCCAUCGAUAUCUGGUUUUGUCCAGAGCUAAAGUCAAUUGCUGAGUCCUUUGAUAAUAACACGUGUCUUAAAAAUAUUACUUUAGGGGAUUGUGAAAAUCUUGAAUCCUUACCUUCAGGUCUACACCAUCUUCCUUGCCUUGAGUAUAUUAAAAUAGAUAGAUGUCCAAAAUUGUCGGUGAGAGAAGGUGUUCCCACCAGCCUUAGACAACUCUUAAUUAAUGAAUGUGAAGAUGACAAGGGAAUGGGAAUGAGAAUGAGAAUGCUCACCUCUCCAAAAAAGUUAGAAAUAUCAUCCCUCCCACAGCUUAAAUCCAUCUCAGACCUGACCAACCUUACCGCUCUUGAAAGGUUGGAUAUCAUUUCACUCCCACUGCUUGAAUCCAUCUCAGACCUGAACAACCUCAACUCUCUAAAGGAGUUGCAAAUUGAAGAACUCCCACAGCUUAAAUCCAUCUCAGACCUCACCAACCUCACCUCUCUAGAAUGGUUGCGAAUCAAAAAUCUCCCACAGCUUGAACUAAUUUCAAAUCUCAGCGGCCUCACCUCUCUUACAGAGUUGUACAUUGAGGAGUGCCAACAGCUCAAAUCAAUUCCAAGUCUCAGCGGCCUCACCUCUCUUGAACGGUUGAAGAUCUAUGAUCUCCCACAGCAUGAAUCAAUUCCAAGUCUCAGCGGCCUCACCUCUCUUCAAGAGUUGCUGAUCCAUGAUCUCCCACAGCUUGAAUCAUUUCCAAGUUUCAGCGGCCUCACCUCUCUUGAACGGUUGAAGAUCUAUGAUCUCCCACAGCUUCAAUCAAUUCCAAGUCUCAGCGGCCUCACCUCUCUUAAAAGGUUGAAAAUCGCUAAUCUCCCACAGCUUGAAUCAAUUCCAAGUCUCAGUGGCCUCACCUCUCUUGAAAGGUUGAAAAUCGCUAAUCUCCCACAGCUUGAAUCAAUUCCAAGUCUCAGUGGCCUCACCUCUCUUGAAAGGUUGAACAUCGCUAAUCUCCCACAGCUUGAAUCAAUCCAAGAUCUGAGCAACCUCAUCUCUCUUAAAUUUUUCAAAAUUUCCAAUUGCCCAAGAAUCAAAUUAAUUCCAAGUCUGAGCAGUCACACCUCUCAUGAAAAAUUGAGGAUUGUGGAUUGCCCAAACCUCAAAUCCAUUCCCGAUCUUGGUACCACUGUCUCCAACUUAGACAAGCAACUGUUAGAACCUAAUCCUGGCAUGUCUAAGUUUUCCGGAACUAAACUUACUGCAUGUCUGCUUGCUGAAAUUCCAAUACUGAGAUUGUAUCUUCUAGCUGUUGCAACGGUUAAUCAAGCAGCAUUUUUCCUGCUUGUGUGUAUGCAACACGGCUACAGAAAUGGAGCAAUUUGCUUUCUGCUUGGAGGUUUGAAGCCUUGUUUUGUGUGGAUGUUGGUUCUUCCUCUCCACAUGUUAGAAGACUUUGCUGCUACAUCCAGGUUUAUGGCUUUCUUGGAGCAAGAUGAUUACUUUCCCUACUGUUCCUUCACGAAUGUGUCUGAAUUUAUGGCUGCCUUUUCACUUCUGGAGGAAUUUUCUGCUGCUGAACUUGUAGUUCUUGUUGGUUUGCUCUUAGCUGGUGCCAUGACUAAGCAAGAUGAUGUUGGUUAA